AUGCGACUCAGAAACAGACCCCAUGGCCUUGGCCUUGCUAAGAGGCAACCUCAACUGGCCGAUGCUUCUGGGUCGACCUGGUCAGCCGGUGGCGCCUCUACCGAAGGGACUAGCCAAUGGGCCGCGGGAACCUCCGUGGCCGGCUCUGGACAAUGGGCAGGUACAUGGGCAGCGACAGCCCCAGUUGCCGCAGCGGACGGUACUACUGCCGCCGGAGCCUCUGCUGCUGAUGGCAGCGCGGCAGGCACAGCACAAGGAAGCACCGAGCAAUGGACAGCAGCGGCAGCCACCGACACAACCACACAAUCCACCGCAGGUACUACAGCAGAAGGUGCCGGUACAGAAGCUGCUGCUGCUGCUGCUGCUCCUGCUGCCCCUGCAGCUGCACAGGACAGCACCGCAGCGGGAACGGCCAGCACCUGGGCAGCUCCCGCUAGCGAUGCCGCGUCAACAGGCGAAACAGCCGCUGGAAUUGCGACGACAGACCCGACCACCCAAUGGAGUGCUGGAGCUCCCAGCGCCGAGCCCCCAACAGCUGCCGCUGCCGCUCCAGUCGUGGGGGCUACAACUUUCGCAACAGCAGUGAUUCCUACUGCUACCGGAAUGUCAAAAUCCCUCCCCUCAUCCAACCCAAGCGAAGCCACUGCUACCAGCACCGUCAUCUCCGUCGACUCAGGAAAGCACGCCGGCACGCCUGGCGGCACUAAGGCAGCAAUCGGCCUCAGCGUGGUCAUCGUCGUCGCCGCGAUGGCAGGACUCAUCCUGUGGUCGCUACGCCGGAAGAAGCGCCGUCUUCGGCAAAUCAUUGCGAAAAGCCGGGGCGAGAAGGUGUCUGACAGCCCGAGGACGAGUGAUGAGUUCGUCCGGUAUGCAUCCAAGGUCUACACCGAAGGGACCAGCGCCGUGCGUCAAGCGGGGGGCAAGAUCAAGACAACAUAUCAAUCCAAAAUCCCCGUCCUGCGUCGCCACUUCGAGAAUGCAAAGUAUGAGCCGAUCAAGGAGUUUAGUCGCAAGGUGUACUCGACAAGUGUGACUACAUUGAAGAAGGUUGGCGGGUUCGUUCAUUCGAGCUGGGGGAGCAAGACCCAUGUUCCUCGUCCUUAUAGCACAUACAGCACGUAUAGUAGCAGCAGUCUGCACCAAGGCUUGCGGGACCUUCCUAGGUCGUGCCAUGCAAACGAGCUCGCCCCUGUCAUGGAGGUUUCUGAAAGUAUCGAGAGCCCUACUGGCUCUUCGGAAACAUUGGUCGGGGAUGUCGGUCGAUUAAAGGAUGCUGCAGUAUCAAGCACGCCCAAACUUGAGACGGGCAAGUUCCCGGAGGCAAAAGUAGCAACUGUCGAAACUGUCACGCCCAUCUCCCCGGAAUCCUCAGGAUCAUCAUCACCGUCAUCGUUAUCGUCAACAGCAAGCAGCAGCCCUUCAGUGUCAAGGAGCCCGACUGUUGACCGGGUUUCGAGAAGCCCAACUGUGGAGAGUCGGACCUACCCCGGUACGCCCGAUAUUUCCUUUGCCAGAGUGUACCGGGUAGAAAUGGACUUCAAGCCUGUCAGCCCCGAGCACGUCGAGCUGAAAGAGGGUCAAAAUGCCGUCCUGCAUCUCGUCUACGACGACGGAUGGGCUCUUGUCAACGUCCUUGAAACCGCCCAGGAGGGUCUCGUGCCCCGAGCCUGCUUUGGCGCAUACCCUGUGCGCCACCAAGCCCAGUACAUGGGCAGCAAUCUCCAGAUCUCGACCGACGGCAUCCCCCGGUCGAUCAGUUCUGCCACUCCGACCGAGUACGGCUCUGAUGGUGACAUCGGCCGAUUCUACUCGCAGUGCGCGAGCCCGGACCUCCCAACCCCGGCGUCGCUGCACGAAACCCUGCCACGGCCUCAGCGUCUCAAGUCUCUUCCGUCGCUGGCAAGCUUGUUCCGCUCUGCGUCAAGUUUCAAGAGCAUGGUAUAGCAAGCACAUCCCGAUGAGACUGAGGCCUGGCGCUGAAGGAUCCGAUCCUUUCCUUUCUCUUUUUCCAUUCUCGUCAAUACUUUUUUUUUUUCUUGAAUAGUGGACUUUUUUGUGACAUCUGACUAUUUGUCUGGUCUGUCCGGUUUCACACGCUAAUGCUCUGUAUAUACCUUACUCCGAUUAUAUUCUUCUAAUGAAUUUGCACACACGGGGUGUGACGACACAUACCUGUGCAAUCUGGAUGUCUUGCUCUGUGGGGUCGUAGUACUUAUCUAACCUCCGUGUCAUUGCUUGCCCGUGAUCGAGUUUGCAAACCAUCUCAGAGUCCUGUAGAGAGACAGCAGAGAAGAGACACCAGACGAUGAGGUCAAGUCUUCAAAGUGGAACCAAAUCCAGCUCGAUAAGUU